UUCGACGACGAUCAUCGAUCGUCUCCAGUCAAUAUAUUAAUUCUGUAUAUAGAUACACAAGUACGCGUAUAACACGCUACGCAGUUAAAUUGACGUUGUUGAGCAUUUUGUACGAGUAUGCGUGUAAUCGAUAACAACACACCCAUUAUCAUCGACGUCUAUCGCGGAUAGCAUAUGUGUGCAAAGAUAAAUAUCGAGAAAGAUGAUGAAAACUUGCUCGUUUCGUCAUUCUUUUUCCCUUGCUUAGUCUCUCAAUGCAUACAUAUGAAACCUAUAUAGAUUGUGAUACUUAUACGCGUUGAAAACGUACAGUUUUAGUCCCUCCCCGAACGCGUGGAAUAUUAUCGGUAGUUACCAUGGGUCCGAAAGAUGGGAAGAGGCGUAAUGACUUCGUGUACUUUGAUUAAACGGUCGAUGUCGAGAAAUUUACCAGCGAGUCUUCUAAUCGAAACCAUUAGGAAUAGAAACUGGGAAAUUGUCGAUCGAGAUAUCGCUGAACGAGCUAAAAUCGUAGACACUAUUAUAAAGUAUACGGAGAUCACUAAUGAUCACAUGACACCUGACUUAAAACUUUUUCUUUUAACGCCGAGAUGUUCUCUCUAUCACGAUCCAUUCGAUAGAGUAAAAAAGGAAUUCGACCGAGUGGAAAAACGAACUUUGACAAAUCCAUUUUGGUCUAUAUACUGGCCGGGUGGACAGGGCCUGGUUAAGUUCAUACUCCAAGAACAAAGAAAUAUAUUUGUACGUUCCAAGGACAUUAACGUUUUGGAUCUUGGAAGUGGUUGCGGUGCUACGGCUAUAGCAACGAAACUCCUUGGUAUUCAUAAUGUUGUGGCAAAUGACAUUGAUAAAGUUGCCUGUAUAGCCACGCUCAUGAAUGCUACAUUAAACGGCGUGGACGUUCGAGUAUCGUGGAAAAAUUUAUUGAACGAACCACUUAAAGAGAAGUACGACGUUAUUUUUAUCGGGGAUCUACUUUACGAAGAAGAAUUAGUCGAAACUUUAAUUCCGUGGCUGUUGAAUGAAGCCAAAAAAGGGACACGAAUAUUUCUUGGCGAUCCUGGAAGGCACGGCCUUACAAAUAAUUUGAAAAAAUAUCUUAAACUUUUAUACCGAUACGAAUUGCCGGAAAAGACGCGGAAGGAAAAUAAUGGUUAUCACGAAGUUUGCAUAUGGCAAUUCAUUAAGUAACUCGUAAGUAAUUGCGUAAGAGUACGUUUAAUUUUAAACUUACCUGUUUUGCAAGAAAAGAUUCCAAACUUCCAUGUUGAGCUAUCGAUCCUGUGCGAAGAGAGGUAAUAUUUGAUAGUUUUAUUCUGCAUUCGUAUCUCGAUCGAUCUGAGAAUAUAUGUAACAAAAGUGUGUACAGAUAUCUUUAAUAUCUUUAUUAUAUCUUAUUGAAAAAAAUAUUAAAUCUUUCGAUGCUUACUGUUGUAUAUUUUCGUUCCAUUUUUGCAAGCACACGGUCGUUGCUCCUCUUCGUGAUAAGGACAUUGUAAUAUGCAAUGUUCACCCCCGCAUUCUACAAAUAAAUCGUAUCAUUGAAGUUAGAUGUAUCUAUCCAUGGGGAACAUGUUUAAAGAAAAAUAUUAGUUUACCUGUAUUCAUAGUUUCCAGAAGUUGAAUUUCACAAUUUCGUCCAACGUAGCCAGAAGGACAAUCGCAGCGUACUGCUUUCGCUCCGAGAUGUCUAUAACUUGCCACCAUUUUGACAAAUAGAGUUUUGUUGCUCGUCAAAACAGAGCGGUCCUUCGUCACAUUUUUCUCCAUUAAAGCCAGAAAAGCAUUCGCAUGUAAAAGUUCUGUGAUGAAAGAAACAACGAUAAUGAAAUACACAUUUAAAAUGUUUUAGUUUA